GGGCACGGGCCGGGACCGUGGGCGGGAGCCAGGGACAUCUGCCCUGAGCCAGGCGCGGGUCCGAGCGGCUUCCCCGCGGGCGAUGCUGGCAGGAGGACCUGGGUCAGACCUGUGAGGUUGUGCGGAGGAUGCCCGCUGUUAUUGGGGAGUCCCCCGCAGCCCACGCCCCACCCCGGCGGGAUGGCUACAUCCCUACCCGGCCCGGAUGCAGAGCAUAGUUUGGGACUGUGGACCGCAGUCUGAGCAUAUGUGGGAGCUGAGGAAGUCAGUGUGAACUGUCCAGACUGUCACACCGCCCAGCGAUAGUCACGAUAAGGAAACUGAGGCACAGAGUAUAAAUUAAUUUGUCCAAGUCCAAACAGUUGGCAAAGAUUAAGUGUAAUCUAAGACGCCCAAGACCUCAUCCAGAAUCCCAUUUCUGUUGCCACCCAAAGUUCCUGACCACCAAGAAUUUGAUGUAGAACUUCUGCACUGUGAUUCAAGACCAUGGACCCAGAAUUUGGGAUAAAAAUGGAAAAGCAUGUUCGAUACAACUUUCUGUCAGGAGUGUCCAUCCGCCACAGAUAAUGUCCUACGUUUUUGUGAAUGAUUCUUCACAGACUAAUGUGCCCUUGCUUCAAGCCUGCAUUGAUGGGGACUUCACCUAUUCCAAGCGGCUUUUGGAAAGUGGCUUUGACCCAAAUAUCCGAGACAGCAGGGGCAGAACAGGCCUCCACCUUGCUGCGGCCCGAGGGAACGUAGACAUCUGCCAGCUGCUUCAUAAGUUUGGUGCUGACCCAUUGGCCACGGAUUAUCAGGGGAACACGGCCCUGCACCUGUGUGGCCAUGUGGACACUAUCCAGUUCUUAGUUUCCAACGGACUCAAAAUUGAUAUUUGCAAUCAUCAAGGUGCUACCCCUUUAGUUCUGGCAAAGCGCCGGGGCGUGAAUAAAGAUGUUAUCCGAUUGCUGGAGUCUUUGGAAGAACAGGAGGUAAAAGGAUUUAACAGAGGCACUCACUCGAAGCUGGAGACCAUGCAGACAGCGGAGAGCGAAAGUGCCAUGGAAAGCCAUUCUCUGCUCAAUCCUAACCUCCAGCAAGGCGAAGGAGUCCUGUCCAGCUUCCGAACUACAUGGCAGGAGUUUGUGGAGGACCUAGGUUUCUGGAGGGUCUUGCUCUUGAUCUUGGUCAUUGCUUUGCUGUCUCUGGGCAUUGCCUACUAUGUGAGUGGGGUGCUGCCCUUCAUGGACAACCAGCCUGAGCUGGUGCAUUGAGGCUUCCAGAGAUUACGAUAGGGCCUGUCAAUAUGGGUUUUCAGUUCUUAGAUCAUUUCUUAGUACAAGGCAAUGAGAGCUGUCUGGUUUUUGUUUUGGAUUUUUACUUACCAUGACUCAGAAGAAUGGUGUUUUCCAUUAAACUUUUUCCUGUAGCUGGUUAUACUGCAUCCUAACGCUACCUCUGACAUAGCCUGUGUCUAAAGAAGACAUCCCCAGGCUUGUGUGAUCAAAGUGUGGUAAUGAUCAGAGUGGACACUCAAGGCAGAGAUUUGGGAGGCCUCACAGAAGGGACCCGACUCUGGUGGAGGAGCAGUGACCAUUUUUUGUUGUUGUUGUUAGUUUGUUUUUGCAAUAGCCCAGUUCUGUUUUUGUUUACUUUCCUAGCGAAAGGAGAGAGUGAAAACUUCUGACUUAAAUUUUUAUUUUUUUUUUUCACAAUAGGAUUUUGACUUUAAAAGUGUAUUUUCAAGCUAGUCAGACAGUAGACAGGUUUUGAAAAUUAGCAAGUCUUUUCUUUAACAUGGAUUGUCUUGUUCUGUGUCUGUGAAAAUCAGCUUGUAGAGUUCAGCUCACUCUUCAGUUUCUUUUUAGAUGUCCUGUUGAGAAAAACAGCAGGAAACUCUUUGUAGCAAGUGGUCACUAGAGAAAAGAACCCUCUCCUCCACUGUCACGUAGCUCUGCAGUGCUGCCAGGACAGAUGAGUUAGUCCUUAAGCCAGCUGUGUAUUGCACUUCACCACAGUUGACUGGUGGUCUGACUAACAACGUCUGGUCAGCAGGUGUCCAGCUGUGGGAGUGGAGGAGUGUUUCUGAAUUAAGAGCUCUGGACAAUAUCAUGCUGCUGUCAUGGCGUCAGUUGCUGUGUGUGGGUGCAUGAUGUAAAUAGGACUCUGGACCACAAGCAGCUUCUGGCAGUGUGUUUGAAAACCCUCUUUGGUUCAGCAAUAUAGAAACACAUUUUUUAAUGUUAUUAUAGAGAGUGGAGGCUUACUAAUUGUUUAUUCAGUAAAAUCUGAUGGCUGCAGUGAAGAGCUAAUGGUUUUGUUUUCUGUAACCUCGCUGAGUGGUUGAGUAGAGGGGUCCGUUCUGUGAGCCUCUCGCUUACUGGUAUUUUCUCCUCUGCAUUCAGGGACCAGGUAUGGACACUUUUUUCAUCCAUGUGGCUUUACCUGCCUGAAGGGACUCUUUACAGCCCCUGACUGGCUGCUUCAGAUUCAGCUUGCAGUAUCUUGCUUUUAAUUAAUCAUGCUUGGUGGAAUGAAAGGGGGAAGCAGGCUUUUGCUUUUUGCAUGGAGAACACUAAAAUUCAAGUUUAAAGUAUGUUCAGAAUGAGAGCUUUGGAUUAGUUUUCCCUCUCUUAAGUCUCAAUAUAUGUAAUAUAUAAAUAUGUUCCAUCUAAGAUCCCUGCUUUCUGCCCAGUGCUGGUUUCUUGGAAUUGUGUGCUCUGCAUUAUUCAUUCAGUAAUAUGCUACCAAUAAAUGCAUUUGGAAAUCCUUA